AUGGAGUUUGUAACAGCCCUGGUACACCUCCAGGAAGAGUCUAACUGCCCCAUCUGUCUGGACUACUUGAAAGACCCAGUGACUAUAAACUGUGGGCACAACUUCUGUCGCUCCUGCAUCAACAUGAUGUGGAAGGAUCUAGAAGAUACCUUCCCCUGUCCUGUCUGCCGUUUUUGCUUUCGUAACAAAAACUUACGGAGCAACCGCCAGCUCAGUAAUUUGACUGAAAUUGCUAAACUACUGCAGGUCAGAAGGAGCAAGAGAAAAAGGCAGGAAGAAUAUUCCGUGUGUGAGAAACACAAUCAGUUUCUGACCCUUUUUUGCGGGAAGGACCUAGAGGUUUUAUGUACACAGUGCAGCCUCUCUGUUCAACACCAGAAACACUACAUUUGCCCCAUUAAGAAAGCUGCCUCUUAUCACCGGAAAAUUCUAGAAUAUAGCAUUGAGCCCUUGCAGAACAAUGUGGAACGAGUUGAAAAAGUGAUUUCUCUGCAAGCCAGCAAAAUUGUGGAACUGAAAAAGAAGGUAGAGUAUAGGAGAGAAGAAAUCAUUUCUGAAUUUGAGCAACUUCGACUGUUUCUGCAAAAUCAGCAAGAGGCUCUUCUUAGGCAGAUGAAAGAUGAAGAGAUGGACAUUUUAACGAAACUAAAUACCAACCGUAUAACAUUUUCAGAUCAUGUUUCCACAUUAAAACAUCUGCUGAAGGAGGUAGAGUGCAAGUGUGGGCAAUCGGAACUGGAAUUACUGACACAUGUGAAAGGUAUCUACCACAGGUAUCAAAACCUAAAACGUCCUGAGCUCUUUUUAUUCCGAUUAAAGAAAUACGGACUUAGCCUUCCUCCCCAAUACUCUGGCUUGGGCAAAAUUAUCAAGCCAUUUCAAGUAGAUGUGAUUCUAGAUCUUGAAACAGCACACCCUCGGCUUAUUGUCUCUGAGGAUAGAAAAACUGUGCAUUAUGGAAAGAGAAGAAAAUACCUUUGUUAUAACCCAAGGAGAUUUUACCUCUGCCCUGCUGUCCUGGGCUCUAAGAGAUUUAGUUCUGGCCGGCAUUACUGGGAGGUCAUAGUGGGAAACAAGCCUAAAUGGACCUUGGGAGUGUGUCAAGACUGUUUUCCUAGGAAUUGGCGGAAUCAGCCAGUAGCUGAGGGUGGGUUCUGGGCAAUUGGGAGAUAUAUUGAAAGCAUUUAUGUUAUGUUGGGUCCUAAGAGAAGCCAGCUUCUGCCCACAGUAAGACCCACUAAGAUUGGCAUUUUUUUGGACUAUGAGUUGGGUGAGGUUUCCUUUUACAAUAUGAAUGAUAGAUCUCUUCUCUAUACUUUUAAUGAUUCUUUUACAGAAGCUGUUUGUCCCUAUUUCUAUGUUGGAAUAGAUUCUGAACCUCUUCAAAUCUCUUCAGUAACAGAUGAUGAAAGAUGA